AGAUAGGCGACUCAACAUUUUCAAUGUGAAAGAAAGUUGAUCGAGCUCUCUGGAUGUUACAAGGCGGGGAAGAUGAAGCAAUCAUUUUAAUAACUUACUAUAAUUUUAUAUGUGAAUUUUGGAAUUUGGGAAUUUUUCUACCCUAAUAAGGAAAAUGGCUGAUGUCAAAUUACCAGAUAUAGCACGCCCUGAGACUCGUGAAGGUUCCGGUCAGGGCAAAAAACCAGAAGAGGUUCAACAGCUUCCGGAAAUCAAAAGCCCGGAGCCGAAACAAGAUCCAGGACCAAAAGACACCGAGGAAACCAAACUCCCUCAGGUCAAUGACCAGAAAAGGGACGGACCAGAGGCAGCUGCACCGGGAAAAAGCCACAAACAGCAGGGGAUAGAGAAACACAGUGUUGCGUCAAAGGACAGUUUAAUUAAGGAUAGCAAAGAAAGAAAAACAACUGAAGGUUCGCAAAAAGCGGAUGGUGGCGACCACUUGAAACACACAAGGAAGACUUCGAACAGAGUCGCACAUUACAGAAAUCUCCAAACCCGUGAGUUAGCUCGUCUACCCGCCAUCCAAGAAAAAGUUGACGAGGUCAACAUCAAGAGAUUCCAAUCUUUAUAUAGGAAAGAACUUGCAUUUAAGAAACUUUUCCACGUCAAAGAAAUACACGUUUUUGACCGCACCAUGCUACCGAGGAUUAAUCCAACCAAAUCCAAUCUCAUAUCCAGACUUGACCCGUACAAGGUUGAACAGGGGGAGAAAGAAAUGAAAAGAAUCACCAAAUCCAUUCCGUCCAACCCGGACUCGGACCAUGGUUACUUGUAUCGGAAAACAGCCGUCGACAUGUUGGAUCCCUGGGAUUUCCUGGAACUGGACAGCGUAGAGUCUUCCAGAAGAACAGUUCCCCGUUACAGGGGAUCCCAAAAACGGCGGAGAGAUUACCCCAACAGACCGCCGCCAGAGGGCAGCACCUACUUCCCCAAAUUUCCAAAUGUCAAUUAUCCUUAUGGUGGAUCAGAGAGUCCCACGCGCAUAUUUGAACUUGAUGACGUACCCAAAGUCAGGAAACAACUGAAGAAGAAAUGGAGCAAACGUUCACCCGAACGAGUGAAGAAAGACUACACGAAAACUAAGAAUGAUUUCUACAGGAUGGAGCUGGACAAACUUAACGAAAUGCGGCCCACGUACAACCGACCCAGCAUGGUCAAUACGUACAAUGCCUACCUGAAGAACACCCCAGGCUCCAAACAAGCGCUGGACGACUGCAUCAGUGGAAUCCAAGCCAGUCUGCUGAAGGACCAAGCCAACGUCAGCCUCCUGCCGAAACAACCGCGGCCGUCACUGAAGAAAUCCCACUCCACGCUGACCAGCCGGGCAAGUACGCGUCAAAAGGUCAUCAAGGUCGUGGAAACCCCCAAAGUGGAGGUUCCUCGGUCCUCGCUCCAGUCUCGGCAGACAAUUGAAUCGGCCGGGUAGACGGCCACCCCCAUCCGCGCCACCCCGGGUUCCCUGUCUGCGAGGUCACUUUCAAAAGAUGUUUUCCUCUCAUGUCAUUUGUAUCUAAAGAAAACUACCUAACGAAAUGUUCAGAUGGUUCAAUAUGCCAGGUUGCACUUGUAUUCGUUUUAACGUUUUGGUAAACGUUCCAUGACAUUAGGUGGUAUUCCAGAGACAAUGUUUAAAUCUUAUAUACUGCCUUACUGAAAUAGAAUCGGACCCCCUCUCCUAAUUUAAGUAGCUGUUUGAUAACGAAAAAUUACGUGUUGUAACUUUGAAUAUUUGUUAUAUAACUUGGAAUAUUUGUUAUAUUUUCAGCUCUUCAGAUUUGCACAUGGAAGCACAGUUUCACAUUUUUGCAGUUUAAUGGCGUAAAAUGUAUACUGGUAGCAUCCAUUUUGAUUUAAUUUAUUUCUUAUGUACUUUCAUGUUUUGUUUAAUAGUUACCAUUUGUUAACAACUGAUGCAAAACUCAUCGUGUCGAAUAAUUCAUUACUGUCCGUUAUGUAAUGUUAGUAACAUAAUGCCCCUAUUUCUUCCUUAUACGGUACGAUGCAUAAUGUUUUAAUAAAAUGAUCAUUUUAACAAGUA